ACGAAAGGUUAUCUUUACAGCCACUCCUUAGAAGAUGUGGUGUUUCGAGUAGCUUCAAGGUUUCAGGGGAGUUUUGAUUUUGAAACAUUUUUGAGAAGGUUUCAGGAGGAUGUGGUUGUUUGAUGUAUUGUAAUAAAUUGGGUGGGAAUUGUUGGUGCGUGUGUGUGGAGGGGUGAAAGGGUGGUGGAGUCUGCGCAGGAGGGGGGGUCGGUUCGAUAGCGCCGGGGUUCGGCUGGCAGGCUGGGACAGUCCUGCAGUAUGGCGCUCUCAGACACAAACACAGUCAGUAGUUGCUCGCGCCACAGCCGCCGCUGACUACUGCUACUGCACCCCUCAGGCUAAUCCACCACCCCGAUGAUCACCAGCCUGGCCAGCUGUUGGGCGAUGCCGUCAUGACUCUGGGACAGCAGCACUCUAGUUGCACUCUGGUGUAGGCUGCACAAUAAUUCUAGUAAACACGAGCGUGGUGAUUGAGUGCGCGUGUGGUGAAUGGAGCCUGCCUGACAAUGGACGUGUCCCACCAGCCAGCAUGAACCCCGUCGUUAUUGCCACAGCCAUGGUUCUGCUAGUCUUCGGCGUCAUCAUUCCUGGUCUGUGCUCGGAGGAUGAGGAGCGUCUGGUGAGAGACCUGUUUCGUGGCUACAACAAACUCAUUCGGCCUGUGCAGAACAUGACACAGAAAGUCGACGUUCGGUUCGGUCUUGCCUUCGUUCAGCUCAUCAACGUGAAUGAGAAGAACCAGAUCAUGAAAUCGAACGUCUGGCUACGAUUAGUGUGGAAUGACUAUCAAUUACAAUGGGAUGAGGCGGACUACGGUGGAAUUGGCGUACUCAGGUUACCGCCCGACAAAGUUUGGAAGCCUGAUAUUGUUUUAUUCAACAAUGCCGACGGUAACUACGAGGUUAGAUACAAAUCCAAUGUGCUCAUCUACCCUAACGGGGAAGUCCUCUGGGUCCCUCCUGCCAUUUAUCAAAGUUCGUGCACAAUCGACGUGACAUACUUCCCGUUCGACCAACAGACGUGCAUCAUGAAGUUCGGAUCGUGGACGUUCAACGGCGACCAAGUGUCCUUAGCGCUCUACAAUAACAAAAACUUUGUCGACUUGUCCGACUAUUGGAAGUCGGGCACUUGGGACAUAAUCGAGGUGCCAGCCUACCUCAACAUCUACGAGGGCAACCAGCCGACAGAGACCGACAUCACCUUCUACAUCAUCAUCAGGCGGAAGACACUCUUCUACACGGUCAAUCUCAUUCUGCCGACUGUGCUCAUCUCGUUCCUUUGUGUGUUGGUGUUCUAUCUGCCGGCCGAGGCCGGCGAAAAAGUGACAUUGGGCAUAAGUAUUUUGCUGUCACUGGUUGUGUUUCUGCUGCUCGUCUCCAAAAUCCUGCCACCCACGUCACUGGUGCUGCCGCUCAUCGCCAAGUACCUGCUAUUCACCUUCAUCAUGAACACAGUGAGUAUCCUGGUCACAGUCAUCAUAAUCAACUGGAACUUCCGAGGACCACGCACACACCGCAUGCCGCCGUGGAUCCGCGCCGUCUUCCUCUACUACCUGCCGAUCAUCCUGCUGAUGAAGCGGCCGAAGAAGACGCGUCUGCGCUGGAUGAUGGAGAUGCCCGGCAUGAGUGCACCGCCGCACCCCUCCUACGGGUCGCCGGCCGAGCUGCCCAAGCACCUGCCGCCAGCCGCAGCGUCGGCCGCCGCAGCUGCAGCCGCAGCCGCCAAGGGCAAGAUGGAGGCGAUGGAGUUGUCCGACCUGCAUCACCCCAACUGCAAGAUCAACCGCAAGGCGUCGGCCGAGCGUCGCGAGAGUGAGAGCUCCGACUCGCUGCUCCUCUCGCCCGAGGCUUCCAAAGCCACUGAGGCUGUCGAGUUCAUCGCCGAACAUCUGCGCAACGAAGACCAGUACAUACAGGUAAGCCUACUGCUCACAUCCUCUCUAGACAAUCAUUCGAAAACUAUUACAAAAUAUUACUAA